AUGGUUAGGCGACCUCGAGCCUCCCCUCCGGGAUACCAGAGCCCUGUGCUGGGUGACAGCUCCCCUGUCCCAGGGUUACAGGGAAACCAACUCGAGGCUUCGCUAGUCGGAGCCGCUAACCGCUCUCUCAUUCGGCAACCACGUUGGCUCUCCUCCAUGGUUACGCGACGGCGGACUCAUCAAGAAGUCCUUAACGAUCAGCAAGUUUCACAAUGGUGGGGGCACCGCGGACUUCAUCAACAUGAAGUCCCGGAGUGCCUAACUACAGAGGAAACACAACAGGUGAGCGCCACCAACUCUAUCUGUCUACUAACGACAGUUUCUAGGCUUUCCAUCCCUCUAAGCCCUCGAACGGAUGGAACGUCCACCAAGGACCCUACGAAACCCUCGUUAGCGCGCUUCCCCGCAGCUCUCGAGGGUAACAAUGCAACGAACGACCCUAUCGAACCUCCGUUAGCGCGUUCACCUGCUGCUCUCGAAGGUAGCGACGCGGACAACGAAUCUUCAUCAUCCGUGACUCUAGCGUCGUUCACCCAACCAACGAGUAGUUCAGUCAACCCCUACAAAUCCGACGAUUCGACAAUCGCUUCCAUUAAUUCACCUCUCCCAAAUUACACGAGCUAUGCCCUACGACCUCUACUACUUUUGAACUACUCGGUCAAAGAGGAACCUCCCCCAAAAGAAGGAAAUUCCCGCGUGAAGACGACCCUAACUCCAAACCUGUCUGGGAAAUUCUUACCCUGUCCAUACCCUGAUCAUCAGCCAACCCUACUUAAACUGGGUGCUUGCCAGCGAACUCCCUCAUCCUAUUCCUCCAUGAGUUCAACAACCCCCUCCGGCGGCAGCCAUAUGCCAUCUUCGGGUCCAGUGCUCACUGGACCCCACCUACCUGGCAAAGUCGGUCCAGGGGAAUCCUCUUCACUCCCCGCUGCUUCCCAAAGCGCGAAACACGUUCCCAUAGCGAAUAGAAAUGCGAGCACACAACCCGCUGCUAAUAAAAGCGCGAGUGCAAUCCCCGCUGCUCCCAGAAGCGCGAAUAACUCGAAUAAAGCUACUCAAAAGCCCUCGACCUCAGGCGCGAAUCAAUUCGCAGCCUUCAGUCAGACAGCGCAAACUGCACCAUCGGACGCAGCCCUGGCUCUUAGAGACGAGCUAUUGAACCUCCAAACCGCUGUCCGAAAAGAGACCAUCGACGACGAAGCGCAUAUGUCCGCCUCUAGUCAUACCAAAGGUAGAGGAACUCGGCGUGCUGCUUCCAUGGCAACUUCUACAGAGCUCGAGGAGACUGAGUACAAAACGAUCUUCUGGGACAUAGAGGGAGUCAGGAACUUGCCCAUAUGGGCUGAACCUAUCAUCCGGUCGUCGGAGCGAAUGUUCGGCAUGUUCGACCCAUCCGCGGAUGAGGACGCCCUCGUACCCCUCGGCGCCAUCGACGGGAUAAUCCCAGGCAGGACGAAGCUCGACUGCGAUCGGCUGAGAUGUGCCAUCGAGUUAGUCUAUACUACCCCCAGGGACUGUCGAUGGGAGAAUCUAGGUACCGCAGUCCGAAAGUUCGCCGAAUACGAAGUCAGUAGAAACGAUCUAGUGAAGUACACUGGACUAGAUGUCACUUACGGAAUCGAACGUACUCUACUCUUGGAAGCCUCGCAAGUUGUUGUAACUGUUGACCAAGUAUUACAAGUCCUGGCGGACUUCUUCCGCAAGCGCGAGAGAGAACGCUUUGUUCUUGAUCAGCAGUUCGCGUUCUUAAGACUCAUAGCCUCUAGCAAGAGUAGAACCGAAAUACUGGCUACGUAUCGGAUUCUGCAACAUCGAACCACCAUAGCCUCAAAACACUUGGUGCUGCAAAUCAACGCCCUCACGAAAAUGUAUAGAUCGGGUUCUGAUCAGAUGUCUAUUAGUUCUUAUGAAUCGACUAGACCGUCCCUACGAUCCGCAUUCGGCAGCGAGUCUGCUAGGAAGGAGGUCGGCAAGUUGCUUGCAAGACCAGACUACUUCAGCAAGAUGCCCCAGGACCUAGCGGAGAUCGCUGCAUAUUUGCGCGAUCGAGCCUAUAAAGAUAGGCCUGUCCCCAAAGAAUUCACCAUCCAUCGGACUUGUAAUGCCCUUCCAUCGCUAAGAGCCGGAUCCUCUAUCUCAAGCGAGCCCACCACCCAUACUACUGGACCUGAAUCUGCGCGAAACCCCGCUGCAAGUGAAGGUCAGAGCGUCAGGUUCGUUACUGAACCGCCUAUCCCUGGAUCUAUAUCGGUUCUUCUUUCUAAAAAGCACCCCGUAACACGACUACCUGGAAUAGGAGCGGUUGGCGUGUCCGCAGUAGGAACUUCCUCUGUAAAAACUACGACCACCAAUAACACUCCAGCGACCGUGAUCUCCGACAUUAACAAUGACAACCUUAGGGCACCUGCAGCGUUUACUUCGCGCAUACCCAGCCCUAAGUCAUGGACCAGCUACACAUUCAGACAGAGGAGCAACCCUAUGGGAGUCCAAUCGCCGUCUAGAGCGAACGGCGACGGCAAUAACCACCGUGGAAUCUCUACCGCUCGUAAUGACGGUCCCCCCCCAGGAGGAUCGCCUCCUUCCAGCAACAACGAUGACCAUGGAAGACGACCUAACCCGGAUCCUAAUGGAUCGAACCCCCCAGCCUCCUGGUACGUUCCCCCUAGGGGUAACGGAGGAGGAGGCGGAGGAGGAGGCGGCGGAGGAGGCGGCGGAGGAGGCGGUGGAAGAGGCGGUGGAGGAAGUGGUGGAGGGGGAGACGACGGGAACCCGUCUUCUCAAGAACCACCACCCUGGUGGCGAACUCCAGAGGAAUGGCACACUAGUGCCUACCACUUUUAUGAUAAAACCUGGGCAUUUGCCUGCACAGCCUUUUCAAUCCCCCCAAGUGAAAUAUGA